ACUAAUGAGCGAGAAUGAAUCAGCGAAGCGCUCGGCUCGCGUUCGUUGCUGGUUGUUGAAUCGAAGUUGAAGGCUCAGGUGCCAAAAGCAGCAAUUUUACCUCUCCUAGUUUAAGUGCUUUUUCCGUCCAAAAAAUCGAACUAAAAUUGUUAAAUUAAUGUGCAUCUCGUAACUGCCAUGAGUCUCCAGCUAAUUGUAAUAUUUCUGGUGGCUUUCAGUAAAGCCACCGUUCACGGCCAGAAGAGCUGCGACAUUCCCAAAGUCCUCCAGGGCACCUGGUUCAGCUGGGAGGUAGGCGAACCGACAACGACCACAAUCGACGAGUGGAGCUACGAACGGUUGGGCCCCAAGCAGGGCCGCAUACGGAGUGAGUGCGUCGCCAGUACCCGGAACGGGUCCGAUCACACCCUGAUCUUCAAGGGCAGCGAGUGCUACACUUGCGUUAAGGCGUUUCCGCGUACGUUGAACGUGUUUGAGAAGUUUGAGACACCCUGCGUGACGUUAGAGCGCAGUGAAAAACCUACGAUAGACCGGAUUUGCAGGGGACUGAGACAGGAUCAACAGCUGAUUACACUGUUCAAUAAAAAUUUUGUUCCUAUAAGUUGUCGAUCAUCGUUGGAAGGAGUCUGGCAUUUUGCUUAUCAGAAUCGAUUCCGCUUUACUGGAGAAUGUGACAACCCAGACGCCAAAAUCCAGUCAUGUCAAACGCCCGGAACGCAGUUCUUGAUUCAGAACCAGAAAUUCAACAUCACUUAUCGGCAGUGCCAGGGCAUGGCCGGCACCUUCAACGGGGUGGUCGAGUUCAGUUGUCUUGGCGAUUGGUUUAUCGGAAAGAACCACUACUUUGCCGUAGUCAAUACCAAGGAAUCUCGAGAGGAUGAGAAGUAUCGCUGCUUCCUGAAGAACCGUGACGACGAUCUGUACAUCGGUGCAUCGAUUACGGCCGAAUGCAAUACACUGAAAACGGUGGAAAAAUCUCCGGAACGUUACCGAGUCACACCGGUUAAGUCUGAGGUGGUGGAGCCGGGCUGCAGAUUCCCGCAAAAUUUCACCGGCGAGUGGAUCAACACGGCCAACAUUGAUGCAGAAGUCGUCAUAAAUGAAACUCAUAUCAUUGAGACGUACUAUCCGGAUCGGGCUCGUUACAGACGGACGAUCUAUGUGUGUCGAGAGCAACGUGACACCCGAAUUAUGAUGGCUCGGUUGACGGUAGACGGUUGCCAGAAGGAUUACAUCUGCUUCGAUUUUGUUCCUCGGCAUCACAACGUGAUUCGCUACCGUAAAGGAAUUGCAGUUAUCAAAAACGCUUUCAGCACCGUUUGCUCGUGGGUGCAGUUUCCCAACAAGGAACAGUGGCGUUACGAUUUGUUCCUUUCAGCGAAACCGGUCCCAGUACGAUGCCCUGUCGCAGGUAAAUUCAACUUCACCCAACAAGGCGAAUCCCCCUUCAAGACUCGUAUUCUCGGUGGUGUCACGCUAAGUCCUCGUCCGGAUAUUCGAUGCAAGCAAAACAUUUCAGACUUCUCCGUCUGCGAUACAGAUCAAAAGGAAAUGGCUAUCGAUGCCAAUUACUGCCUCUCGGUAGAUCACCUUGGACGUCCGGUUGAUAUCUACAGUGAUCCAGAUUACCGGAUGAAGUGCAUUGGCUACUGGCAGGAGAAUCUCAAAUCCUACUUGAUCACAUAUGACGACCUGGAUCCCUUAUCCAAGUAUCGCUGCUGGGUUUACCAGCGUGCCGAUUUGAAUCGAAUCCUGAUGUCGCAAGCGGUUGGUGCGUUUUGUAAUGUGAAGCAGGACGUUACCUCGUGGAACUAUACCGAAGGGGCGGUAGUUUCCGUAGACAUGACCGAAUACGAGCGAGAACGGGAUCAAUGUCCGAUGCACUUUGACGACGGAUCGAACCCGUGGGAAGCGACGGAAAACUACAUCAAGGUGUUUCCUUGGUUGAUAUACAGAAGUGCCACCAGUGCAAUCGAUGGAACGGUAAAUGCGUUUCUAGUGACAAUGGCCGCUUUGUUACUAAAGCUUCUCUUCUAGAACUAGCCGUCGACAUUUUAGGAAAGGAAGAAUUCUCAGAAACUAUUUUAAUACGAUUUAUUUGCGGAAGCAGGUAAGUAAAGAUGUCUCAUUGCUAUUUCAUAAAGUAACAUUAGAUUUAAAGUAACAUGUCCGUCCACAAUGAUCAUAAACAUCACGAUUAUGAUCAACCACUGAGUGCCUUAAAUAAUGUACGACACAUUCAAGUUGAUUUGGGUCGGAAAAUAGUUGAGGUAAAUUGUGAGCAUUUAAAAGACAUUAUUUUUCAAAAUUGUUUUGAAAUGUAGUACAUUAUUCUGUUGUAAUAUAUCUCUACUAGAUGUUUAAAAUGAUGAAUAAAUUUUACAAAUUUCAAAAUA